AACGAUACCCAAAAUCCUACGCAGAGACAUGAGUGGCGGCGGCGGCGGCGGCGGGGAGGACCGGAUCAGCAUCCUCCCGGACGGCGUUAUCGGCGAGAUCGUCACCCGCCUUCCCACCGCCGAUGCCGUCCGCGUUCAGGUCCUCUCUCGCCGUUGGCGGCACAUAUGGAUCUCCUGUCCGUUGAACCUCGAUCUCGGUUCCCCAAACUACUACACCGACUACAAGCGCGUCGUGUCCGGAAUCCUCGCGGCCCACCCUGGCCCCUGCCGCCGCCUCAAAGUUGACUGGCCGUACGACGACGGCGAGUCGUACAACCACUGGCUCCAGUCUCCCGCCUUGGUCGGUCUUCAGGAGCUCGGGAUCGAGCCAGAGUACUCUUCCUUGUGGCUAGACAAGAAAACACUGCCGCGGGGAGACAACACGAGAGCACUGCCAGAGCGGGCAUUAUUCCAGUUCGCUCCCACGCUGCGCCUCCUAAGGAUUGGCUACCAUACCUUCCCCUCUGUCGGUGCCGUGGCGGCGCUCCGGUUGCCACACCUCGAGCUCAUCUCGUUCUGCUGCGUGGACAUCUCGGAAGCCACGCUCCACUGGAUGCUCGCCGCCUGCCCUGUGCUCAGAACCCUCGUCCUCGACGGCUGCACAGGCUUCGCCACAGUCCGGAUCAACUCACCCACCAUUACAAGCUUUGCCAUCUCACCUGCGGAUUCAUCCAUAACGAACGACUACGACCCGUACUUCUUGGACUACGACUACGAAAAUCCGACGGUGAGGGUGACGACGUGGCAAGUCAUCAUCGAGGAUGCCCCUCUCCUAGAGAAGCUGGUCCUCUGCCGCCGCUCGGCUGCUGUUGAAUCUUUCCAGCUACUAGUGGUCAGCGCUCCAAGAAUAAGGGUCCUGGGAUCCCUGUCCUUCAGCAUCCCCAAGUUGGAGAUUGGUGGCACCGUCUUUCAACCCACCGUGCGCCGUGUCAACCGUGUGGGGCCUGACGAUGUUAUCAUGGAGAAGCGCUUGCUGAUGCAGGCCGUCAUGCUGGCGACGACUCUGCGAACCGUCAAGAUUUUGGCGCUGGAAGAUGCAGAUUCCAUCGACGUCGUCAGCGACUACUUGAAGUGUUUUCCAUGCUUGGAAAAGCUAUACAUCUCGGCAUCACAAGGAUACAGAAGUGCUGGAAGCUAUGAUAAACAGAAUCCCAUCGAGUGCCUUGAGCGUCAUCUUAAAAUGGUAGCAUUAGAUGGAUAUGACGGCAUGGGACCACAUGUCAAGUUUGCCCAAUUCUUUGUUCGAAAUGCCCAGUUGCUAGAGUUAAUGAAGUUCAGAAUCUUUAGAAACUACCACUGUGAACCUGGGAAAACCAAGGCAUGGAUUGAGGAUCAGCAAAGGCAACUGCAAGUCAGGAGCAUGACUUCCCGACCUGUGAAGUUUAAGUUUGUACAUGAUUCUAGAUAUAAUCAGGAUGUUUACUGUGGUGAGGAUAUCAGUGACCUGUCAGAGCACAUCCACGAUGACCCAUUUGAUCAAUGGUUUGAAUCAGAGAAGGAAGCCCCCCGGCAUGCUGAAGGAAAAGAAGAUGCUAUAGUUUGGAACUCCAGCCAAAGGCUUGAUUCAUUUGAUCAAAGCUGAAUAAGAACCUCGUCCUGAACUUUUAUUUAAUUCGUUAUGUUUGUGUGCUUUCAGUUGAUAACAUCACAUUUUCUGUUUUGAUGCUUCAGUACCACAUCAUAUUGUUCACUUAAUAUCUCUCAUUAAACAGCUGUCUUUCCACAAACUUCA